UUCUUUCACCUUCCGGGCCGCAGAGUUCUGGUGAGAAGUGACUGCGGUCUAGGACACGGCGCUCUGAGGAUUUUCUUUGCUUUUCUGGUGAAGCGUUAACCUCGUCCAGACGAAUUUGAGCUUUCUACCAGCAAGUAUCCAGAAAUAGUUCGGGUUUAUAUUAUUUUUUUGAUAGGUGGAAGAUGUUGGCAUUUGUCUUCACAAGUGUUUUGCUGGCAACUUGAAUAACUAUUUUUCUCAGAAAUGCUAUAUGCUUUUCCCCCCAAGUGCUCAUAGCCCUUUUUUUUUCCCCCAUGACAGAUCUUAAUGACAAUAUAUGCAAAAAAUAUAUAAAGAUGAUAACUAAUAUAGUUAUAUUGAGCGUGAUCAUUUGCAUUUCUUUAGCGUUCUGGAUUAUGUCUAUGACUGCAAGCACCUAUUAUGGUAACCUACAGCCUAUAUCUCCUUGGCGUUGGCUGUUUUCUCUUAUUGUUCCUGUUUUGAUAACUGCUCAUGGCUUUAAAAAGAAAAGUCUAGAUCACAGUGGGGCUUUAGGAGGGCUGGUGGUUGGAUUUAUCCUAGCCAUUUCAAAUGUCAGCUUUUGUACCUCUUUACUGAUGUUUUUCUUUUCUUCUUCGCAACUCACUAAAUGGAAGGGAAAAGUAAAGAAGCGACUAGAUUCAGAAUAUAAAGAAGGUGGGCAGAGGACUUGGAUUCAGGUAUUCUGUAAUGGAGCUGUAGCCACAGAGCUGGCCCUACUGUACAUGAUAGAAAAUGGCCCUGGGGAAAUCCCAAUAGAUUUUUCCAAGCAAUACACUGCUUCUUGGAUGUGUUUGUCUCUCUUGGCUGCACUGGCCUGCUGUGCUGGAGACACAUGGGCUUCAGAAGUUGGCACUGUUUUGAGUAAAAGCUCUCCAAGGCUAAUAACAACUUGGGAGAAAGUUCCAGUUGGGACCAACGGCGGGGUUACAAUGGUGGGCCUUGCUUCCAGUCUCCUUGGUGGUACCUUUGUGGGCAUCACCUACUUCCUCACACAGUUGGUUUUUGUUAAUGAUUUGGACAUUUCUGCUCCCCAGUGGCCAAUCAUUGCAUUUGGGGGUCUGGCUGGAUUACUAGGAUCAAUUGUAGACUCAUAUUUAGGAGCUACAAUGCAAUUUAGUGGUUUGGAUGAAAGCACUGGCAUGGUGGUCAACAGCCCAAUGAAGGAGGCGAAGUUCAUAUCAGGGAAACCCAUUCUUGAUAACAAUGCGGUGAAUCUGUUUUCUUCUGUCAUUAUUGCUCUCUUGCUUCCUACAGUUGCUUGGGGUUUUUGGCCCAGGGAGUGAACUUUAUUUCAUUUACAAAGGUCAAAACUAUGGUAAAUUCAACUAAAUUUGCAAUCCCAAAUUUCAUUCUAAGAGGAAUCAUUGUAAUGGCUAAGGAGAAAUGCCAACUCCUCCCAUACUCCAUUGUGAUGGAAUUCUACAUUUCCUCUUGUCUAGUCCCUUGUAACAGCUAAGAUAUUCUAGUGAAAAACAAGACUACAUAAAGAUCACCCUUUUUUUGUUGUUGUUAAAUGGACCUUGAUUAAUGAAUCUGUGAUGUCCCUGUACAUUGAUACAUAUUGAACUGAAAGCUCUUUGUUGAACUGAAAGUUCCUACAUGGUAGAUAUAAAUUUCGUUUUGUUUAAACCAGGGUGGUGACUAAAAGUGAUAAAAUUUUAAAAUUGUUCUCAGUUGUGCCAGAGAAAUGCCACUAUGCCAGUUACCCAAAUGUUAUAUCUCUUUUAAGUGGUUUAAACUGAUGUAUUUGGAAGCCUGAAUAAGUGUAGUAUCCUGGACUACUUGCAUUACUUGCCAUUUAUAAUUGUAAAAAGUGUGAAAUUUGGUUCCUUAGUGAGCUGUGAAUCCUACUCCACAUUUGUUCUUCCUUCCUCAGGGUUAGUAAUAAAAAAAAAAAAAGUCUUUUUGAUAUGAUUA